AUGGGGAGUCGAACCCAGGACGUCAGGCCGUGUAGCGCGUCUCACUCAGCACUGACGGGCGGCCCAAUCUCACAGGCCCAGCCCAAUAGAUGGUAUCCUCUCCAACACACCCCCCGUAGGUCCGGAAGCUUCUUCCUCCCCUCCUCGCUCCUCCCCAAGCUCGUCACAUCUCCCCAUUCUCACCGCCCCGCUCCGUGCUCGCCGUUCUCCCCUCGCUCCGUUGGAUUAGGGGGGUCUUCCUCUGCUCGCCGGAGCUCGGAGCUCGUCCCCCCCAUGGCGGAUGAAGAGGUAUCUGAUCCAAAGGCGCUCCUUGAGGAACACUCAAAGGCUAAGUGUGUGUCACAGUGGUACGAAUAUCAGAAAUGUGUCAAGAGAAUUGAAAAUGACGAGACUGGGCACAAGCACUGUACUGGCCAGUACUUCGAUUACUGGAAAUGUGUUGACAAGAAUGUUGCUGAGAAACUCUUUGAUCUGCUAAAAUGACAAGGAAAAUGCCCUCUUUCAAUUUUCUACUCAAAAUUGGUAAUAAUUGUAUCGCCUGUGCACCAUAUAGACUAUUCAGGUGCUUAAUAUCUGUCAGAGAAGUUUUGCCUCUUGUGUAACACAACAAAUUUUCCGCUGCCAGUUUACAUUUCAUUUCCAUCACUAGUAUUGAACUUUACAGCAGGUUUCCUCCUGCAUAAAGCAUUGUUGGAUUAAGAGAUUCAAUGGAUUAUUCCAAGAUUGUGCCUCAGCAUUAAA